CUCUGACACAAUCAUUUUCCUUCCCCAUUUCCCGGAAUCCAAACACCCACACCCCUACACAGAAAAAUGGUUUCUAUAGACAGUGUUCAAACAUCGCCACCUUCUUCAUCCAUAGAACCAAAUUCCAGUCCUCGGAUAUCCUUCUCUUCUGAGUUUCUUGAUGAAAGCAACUUCAUUUCCAUAACCCCUCAUUCCCAGAUAGAGAGGGAUCAAGAAAUUUGUGAGAGGCAGAAGAAGGAGAGAUCAGAGAGGCUGGCAAGGAGUGCUGAUUUUGAGUUUCUUUCUAAUCAAGUAAGCAGCCACUCUAUGCUUACGGCAGACGAGCUUUUCUUUGAAGGGAAGCUUCUUCCCUUUUGGCAAAUGCAGCAAGCAGAGAGACUCAACAAGAUCAGCCUCAAAUCUCCAAAAGAUGUAGAUGAAGAAGACUUGGUGGAGAUAGAGGUAAACAAGGAGGCGGAGAACAAGGUGAAUUGGUUCCUUGACGACGACCCAUCUCCGAGGCCCCCAAAAUGCACUGUUCUGUGGAAAGAAUUGUUGAGGUUGAAGAAGCAACGCACUUCAUCUGCGCUGUCGCCGUCUUCUUCUUCGUCCUCGUCGUCUUCUUCUUCCAGGUCCAUGGCGGAUGCAGCCACAUCUGAGGAAGGGACAACAGGAAACAAAGAGAAGAACAUAAAGAGGAUAAAGAAGGGUUUGGAAAGGACAAGAUCAGCAAGUAUAAGAAUAAGGCCUAUGAUUAAUGUGCCAAUCUGCACACAGGUGAAGAGCAGUGUUUUGCCACCCUUGUUCCCACUUAAGAAAGGAAGAUUUGAUAGAUGAGAAAGAAGAUGAAAUUAGCUAAAAGUCAGCAGCUCAAGAUCUCAUCAAGUCUAGUCCAACAUGUUAAUCUCCCUCUCUCCCUCCCCUUCUCUCUGUCUCUAUCAUUUCUUGACAAAAUUUCAUCUUUCAUUUUGAGUGUAUGGAUUAAUGUUGAUUAUGGCGGUGGAUCUAAUAAUCUACGAUUGUAAAUGCUGACCUCUAGUUUUUGGUUGUUGCUAUUCCUUGAUUAAUCACAUUAUGCUUUUUUGCUUCCACA